AAACAAGCAAAUACCUGCCAAAUACAAUUAAGGAAUAAGCUUCUCUCUUUCACACCCUCAAAACAAGAUAGAACAUAAUCUUGACCUUUAAAACAUGAAUUCAUGCAAAUGAUAGCGUUGGCACAUGACCAUUUGAGAUCAAGUCUGAUGGAGCAGGUUGGGUGGAGCUGACAUCAUUUUCAGGGCAUCAAUGGCUGCUUGUGGGCUGAUCAUGUGUCUGCUCUGCUUGAGGGGGUGUUUUUCACUUUAAGAGGAAGCUUCUCUUCUCUCUGUCUCACAUCAGUCUCACACCAGGACCCAGCCUGUCAGCUACACAUAUCAUAGAUCCUAUCUUCUGCUCUGAGGUACAGUAUGUCUCGUCUGGAGAAGGCCAUUGUAUCCAUGGUGGAGGUGUUUGAGGAGUAUGCUACAAAGGAUAAGAAUCGCCAGCUUAGCGGUACAGAGCUCGCAGAGCUGAUGAAGAAAGAGCUGGCCAGCCCAGAGUUCCACGGAAAGGUGGAACCAGCAGUGCUCCAGGAAGCGAUGACCAACCUGGAUAAGAACCAUGAUGGGGAGAUCAACUUCAGAGAGUUCUCCAUGUUCUUGGCUACUCUGGCCAGGGGCUACUACAGAGCCAGAAACAAGGGCAAGGGCAACAAGGGCAAGCCUGACAAGCCUGAAUGAGGGGCAAAAAAUAACCUGUUGGCAGGUGUGGCCAGUAUCGAGACACACACACUGCUUUCUAUGAUAAAAGAGAGAAAAUUAUACUCUUACUGUAUGGUGCUUUUA